GCCAGUGGCAACUUAGCAAUCUUAGAUUCAGCGUUUGGGCCUAUUCCAGUUAGGCCUCCAUUUUCAGACUUCCUGAAUACAGACUUCAGUUUUCCCGUCUCUCACCGUCUCAAGCACGACUUUCAGACUUCAAGCUUCAGAGUCGACGAGGGACGACCAUCGCGCAUGGAGCCAUUGAGGAUUAGAGAGAGUAUCUAGUCCCCGGCCUGCCGACCCCAUAUCUGGUUCAGCAACUUCAGCUCUUCUCUGGUUUCUGAUAGAGUUCCUGCAGCGAUUUCUUUAGCGAUCGAGAGUAAGGUUAGGGGCAGAAGCCGCUGAACUUCUUCUUUCACCUCCUCCGUCCUUCAUCGUCAGGAUAUUGUUUCUCUCUCGGCCACUGCUCACUGUAUAGAAAGCGAAAGUAACCAUCUUCCAUCUCUGGCUCUAUAUAACUGUAUAAGAUCUGCCACUGUUCAGGAAGAAUGAAAAUGGCGGCCUCAUUCAGAUGGAUAUUGCAGCUACACAAGGACGUCCCGAAAGCUGCAAAGUUCUACUCGGAAGGAUUGGGUCUCACGAUCAAUGUCUGCACUUUUCGCUGGGCCGAGCUUGAAUCGGGCCCUCUCAAACUCGCUCUCAUGCAAUCCCCCAGCAAUGAUGUUGUGGAGAAGGGAUAUUCAUCACUUAUAUCCUUCACAGUAUCUGACAUCAACAAUACUGUGACGAAACUGUUGACAUUAGGUGCAGAGUUGGAUGGUCCAAUCAAACAUGAGAUUCAUGGGAAGGUUGCUGCUGUGAGGUGUGCUGAUGGGCACAUGGUCGGUCUUCACGAGCCUGUCUAAGAGAGUGAAACAUGAGAGAAUGCACGAUCCUAUGCUGCGUGUAGCUAAUUUAUAUGGGAAAACUCACUGGCGUUUCGUAUCUGCUCAACUCAACGGUGAUGCUUUUAUGUUGAAACAUGCAACUGUAUCGAAGGACAUGAUGAAGAACAACUACGGUAGAACUAUAGGUCUUUGAGGCUGCUACUAACAAGAAGCUGAUGAAGAGCAAUUGCGGUAAAUGAGUGUAUUUUACUCCCCAGUUUUCAAAUGGGGUUUCAUCUAUAAUUCUAUUUCGUUUUGAAUGAAAGAAUUUCUUAACUCAAGAGGUCAUAAAUUAUUGAUUGAAAUUUGAAUGUGAAACUUUGAACGUAAUAAACUUAAAACUUAAACUAUUUCUUGUCUACGUAACUUUGACUCACUGAAUGCGAUUAAUGGUAAGGAUUCUCCAAUUUCUAAUUA